CCGCAGCAAGCCACGGUGGUGCGGGCGGGGCAGGUGCUGCAGGUGAACGCGGCCGAGCUCGUGGUCGGGGACCUGGUGGAGAUCAAGGGCGGCGACCGCGUGCCGGCCGACAUCCGCGUGCUGGCCGCGCAGGGCUGCAAGGUGGACAAUUCCUCGCUGACCGGGGAGUCGGAGCCGCAGCCGCGCUCACCUGAGUGCACGCACGAGUCGCACCUGGAGACCCGGAACAUCGCCUUCUUCUCCACCAUGUGCCUGGAAG